CCGGAGAGAGGGAAUACGUAAUGGUUUGAUUCGCUGUGCCCUUGCAAUGGUCGUCAUUCUGCGAUUACUUGGCAAAUUCCUCAACCGGGAGUUGCAAUGAAGGCGGGAGCGUCGUCCAUGUGGGCAUCAUGCUGUGGGCUGCUGAAUGAGGUGAUGGGCACGGGCACGGUGCGGACGCAGCAGCCGGGGUUCGGAGCAGGGGCGGGGCCUUUCCGCUUCGCCCCCAGUGCUGGGUACUCCACCUACCCCCCCACCAGCUCAGGGAGCGCCGGACAGUUAUGUAAGGCCUGCGGACUGGCCUUCUCCGUCUUCAGACGAAAGCACAUCUGCUGUGAUUGUAAGAAGAGUUUCUGUGCCCUGUGCUCGGUGCUGCAGGAGAACUUGCGCUGCUGCACCACGUGUCAUCUGCUGCGUGGCACGGCCUUCCAGAGACCCCAGCUCAUGCAGCUUCGCGUGAAAGACCUGCGCCAGUACCUGCUGCUGCGCAACAUUCCCACGGACACUUGCAGGGAGAAGGAGGACCUGGUGGACCUGGUGCUGUGUCACCAGGGAGCCGAGGAGACCCCGAGACCAGUGGAGGAAGAGGAUGAGGAGGAAGAUGAAGAUGAGGAUGUGCAUGAGCAGGAGGAGGAAGAGGAGGAGGAGGAGGACAUUGUUGGAGCUGAUAGAGACAGUCUGCACUCGCUCCCCCACUCGAUGCAUGCCUCACCCCCCUCUGCCACGCGUUCCACCUCUGAACAGUCAGUCCUCUCGGCCUCUCAGGGAGACGUGCUCAGCCAGAGUGACAGCUCAGGGACCACCAGCCAGGAGCAUGGGGAUACUCCAACUGCGUCCCUCUUAAAUCUGGAGCCGACUGAAAACAUCAUUGAGAUUAGCCCAGCAACACAGAGGAGAAUACGGGCCUCGCUCUCUGAUCUAGACAACGAGGAGGCAAUAGAAAACCUAUCUGUGCGCCAGCUUAAAGAGAUUCUUGCCAGAAACUUUGUCAAUUACUCUGGAUGUUGUGAGAAGUGGGAGCUGCUGGAGCGGGUGCGCCGCCUCUACAGGGAGAACGAGCAGAACAGGAAGUCUAUGGAAAACGUGAGCAACAGCAUCACUGCAGUUGUAGCAUAUCCGUCACCUAUCUGCAACAGCGGAGUUGGAGAUGGCGUAAGAGCCCAGCUAGCCUCUGAUGACAACCUGUGUCGCAUCUGCAUGGAUGCCGUCAUUGACUGUGUGUUGCUGGAGUGCGGUCACAUGGUAACCUGCACCAAAUGUGGAAAGAGGAUGAGCGAAUGCCCCAUCUGCAGGCAGUAUGUGGUGCGGGCCGUGCACGUAUUUAAGUCUUAAAACUGAGUGUGCAUGGCAAAGCUGCCUCAAGUGUGCACAUGUUCCAGCCCCCCGAUUUACCAAUAACUGACUGGGCUGUGCAUGCCCCCCCUCCCCCCCCCAGGUCCUAAUGCUGCAACAGACAUGCACAUUCCCUGUAUUUGUGUCCAGUUUGGACCUUGAAACUGGACUAUCGCCUAUGGCCUUCCUCAGUUUGUUCUCCCCAUUUAACUAUAGCUCUAGUCCCCGCCCCAGUCCUCCUCCUUCCCAAUGGACUCCCUCUGCUGUGAACGGUCAACGGUUACCCUUGGACACUUUAGUUUUUGUUUUGUUUUUUUACUUUAGCUUCUUAGAACAAAAAAUCUCCAUCUCCCAUCACACAAACACACGCAUGCACACUUUGUUCUUUUACAGUACUUCUAUCAUUUCUAUUCUAUUCGGGGAAAUGGGGGGGGGGGUCCCAUUUAUACUUGAAGUGGACUGGUUGUUCCAGGCGAUGCAGAGAAGAAGCUGCAAUGGGAAGAAAUCCUGUUGCAGGGUUGGAGAUGCCACGCCAGACUGCAUUCCCCUCAACUUUUGUUUUUGUUUUUUUUAGGAUGUGCAAUACUGAAAAAUUGCUUGUGUGUGUGUGUGUGUAAGGAACUGUCUAUCCAUGUGUCGACUAAUAUCUAUUCACAAAUCCAUCUGAGUAGCCCCACCAGACUUCACGCACCUUUUCAUCAUAACGUCAAAUCAGAGAAUUGGAAGGUGCCAAAAGUCACGCCUUCAAUCUACUACAUGUAACACAGCUUCCACAUUAAGCGCCCUACAACCAGCGAGCAUGGCGUUAUAGUUUAUUUCUCUCCAAACAACAAACAAGGAAAUGAAAUGUCUUCAUAUGAACCUUUAAAUAUCCUCAGUGUGUGGAGGAGGCUGAUCUUCUAGGUAUUGUGUUGUGUGUAAUCUUUCCACCUGAAAAUAAAUGCCGCGGAUGUGAUCGGCAUAAAGGAUGUGAUAACCGGUUCUGUCCGUGUCUGGUGAUCAUGCUUAGCUUCAUAAGACGAGGUCGUCCACGUCGGGUCAAAGCUGUCAGCGUAGCCCAGUAACCAGCAAAGUUUCAUCUUGGCCUGGUCAUGGCUUUUUGCUGCAGUGCGUACAUGUGUGGUUUGAAUCUUUGUACUAAUUUAACAGAGUUACCCUUUUCUUUUUCUUUUUUUUAACUAAUUUAUGGUGAGCAGUCAUUCCACUCCCUCGUGUCCCGAGUUCCUCCUACGCUUGUGUUGUCCAUUCAAUGUGUUGGAACUUAUCAGGUGCUUCUUCCUCUGUCCCGAGCUUCUUACCAACGUAACCCUUGUCCUGGUGUUGAGGUGUCCGUUUUAAAAUAUCUAGUGUCCCGUGGCGUGGAGAGAAAGCCGAUUAAUCAAAUUUAGUUUGCACAAAGCUGUUUAUGCAAAUGUUAUUUAUUUUCCCAUCAUGAGAUCCAGUUUAUUCAAAUGUCUGUUGAGAAAUAUUUACUUAUGCCUGCCGUAUGUUAACAUGAUUAAAAAGAAAAAUACAACUGAUUGCUGUUAAUUCAGUUGCACAGAUAGAUUAAAUUGUUGUUUACUUAUAAAUUAUUAAAUGUAUAUAUUUUUUUUCCAUUUUCUUUGGGCAGUCUGAUUUGAAUUUCUGAUUUAUGUUUAUAACAAUGAUUGACAACAAUGGUACUUUCUGAAUGUAUUUCCACUGAAUUUGGUCGAAUGAACUUUUCACCUAACAAUCGGAAGAAAAAAACAGAGACUGUUGUGAUCAUGUCACAUUUCACAAUUAAAGCUACAUCCUGAUUUUGCUUUCAAGCAUUUUUGUCCUCGUCCGCUACUGAUCCGAAACUGUCAUUGACACGAUGCACAGCAACCGCCACCAUGAGGGGGGUACGCCUGUUCAGUGAUGCUGCUGUGCUCAAAGAUGUCACUCGCGGGCAGCUACGUCAGAGUAGGAGGGUUCCCUGGACACCCGUACUCCUGGAUUUCUAUAUUUUGGAAUGUUAAACAUUUUUAUUUUGGUAAAAUAAAGAAAAUAGAUUCAAUAAAAUAUAGUACCUUA